UUAUGUAGUCAAUGAUUGUAAUAUUUGACAUUUUAUAAAUAUCCAUCCAAAAUAUAUUAUUAUUUAUCGCAUAAUUUAAUUCGUCAUAUUAGCUAAAAAAAACAAAUGUUAAAUAUAAUAUUAAUAUAAAAUAAAAUAUAUUAAAAUAAAAACUUAAUGUUUAAAAAAUGUUUGAAAGUGAUGAUUGGGAUCUCGAUCAGGAUUUCUUGAAUGAUAUAGAUGAUAAAAUAAAUAAGUAUUGUUCUCAAAAAGAUAAUCAAGAAAGUGAACCUAAAAGACGCAAAAUAGAUAUUAAUAAUGAUUCAAUUUCAUCAUCUAUUUCUAAUAUAGAUUGUUGGGAACAAAAUAUUAUUAACAAAACUACAUUGAAAUAUAAUGAAAAUAAAGAAUCAAGAAAAAAUUUAAUUCUUGGGAUAUUUAAUAAAAAUUUAUCACAAAAAAAUGUAUCAAAAGAUAUGUUAAAUGAUCCAAAAAGAUCGUGUGAUAACAUUUCAUCAAACAUCCAUAUUAAUGAAGUACAUACUUGUGAAAAUAAUCAAUUACCUAGAAAAAAUUUAGUACUUGGAAUACUUAAAAAUAAAAAUAUACAGGAUAAAAUUAUAGAAGAUAAUACCAAAAACUUAAAAUUACAAACAAAAAUUAAAGAUAAUAGUGGUAAUAUUAAUGAGAAAAUAAAAAGUACAUCAUUAAAUAAAAAAAUAAAUUAUCAAAUAUCUAAAAGUAUAUUUGAAAAUACCUUAAAUAAUGAUGAUUUCAAACUAUGCAUGUUUGAACAUUCAAGAAAACAAUUAUCUUGUAAUAUAUUAAAGAAACAGUUUACAAAUAAUAUUCAAUCCAAUAAUUCUAUAAAAAAUUUGCUUGCAUGUAAAACUCCACAAAAUAAAAAAAUGACAUUAAUUAGAAAAUUUCCAGGACCAGCUGGUUUAUUACCAGAUGAUUUAGACUCUAAUAUACUUUGUGUUUCAUAUUUAAAUAGCUUAGAAGAAAAUGAAAUGUCAAAUAAAGAGACUAAUACAAAUAAUUUAUCUGAAUAUUGUUCUCAAAAUACAAAAAAUCUAUUCACAGAAGGUGCUUGGCAAUUAAUGUUAGAUGAUUUGCCACAAGAUUUUUUGAAAGAUCAUAACAUUGCCACUGUUAAAAAAAUAGCAAAUAUGAAUGGCUUCAAUAAUACAAAAGUUAAAUUUUUAGCAGGAAUAAUUGAACAUAUAGAUUAUAGUCAUGAUAAUCCUCCUAUUAUUUUAAAAGAUUUUACAGACAAUAUUCGAGGAAUCCUUCACAGAGACAUACCACUUAAAUAUCCUGGUUUAUUAGAAUCUAAUGUUGUUGUAUUAUUACACGAUGUAGGUCUUUUAAAAAUUUCUGGAACUUUUGUUUCUAAUAAAUAUCAAAUUUUAAUUUCACCCUCAAAUUUAUUAGCAAUUUAUACUAGUAAAGGUAUAAUAGAACGUACGCAAUAUAUGAAAACAAUUUUUGGAAAUAUUUUAGAUGGAAAGACAAAGAUAAUAGAGAAAGAAAAAGUGGAUUGUAUUUCUACAAUAGAAAUAGAACCAUUAAAAAAUAGUAUUCAUUUAAUUUCAAAAAAAAAUACAGAGCUAAUAAAUUUCAAAGAGAACAUAGAAAAUAAUAAUAAAACAGAUUCCAAUUUUUCUAAUUUAAAUUUGAAUGAAACAAAUGAAGAUAUAAAUAAAUCAAUGAAUUUUGAUAGUGAUAUAUUUUUUUCAAUUCCUUCUAAUAAUAUUACAGAUUCACAAAAUCAAAAGAAUUUUAAUAGUUCCAAGUUUAAAAAUGUAAAACAUAUGAAAAAAGAAACUAAACAACAAAAGUCUAAACAAUCAUUUAUAAAAGAAGAGGAAAAUUUACAAAAUGAUGAUAAACAAAGAGCUGAAUAUUUAUUAAAAAACUUAAAAAAAUAUUCUCCAGAAAUAAAUGAAAAAAAAUGUCUCUCUCAUAAUUCCAAGAUUUUACAAAUGAAUGCUGAGCAUUUAUCGUCAAAAAAUAUUUAUUCUAAAGAAAUUGAGCCUAAAAUAUUAAAUAAUAUAUCUUUUGAAAAAAUAAACGUCGAUAAAUGCUUUGAAAAAACUAUUUCUCCAUCUUGUCAUAAAAAAGUGAAUAGUAAAAUAGAAAAGAAUGUAACUUCUAUACGAACUAAAUUAUUACAGUUCCAAAAUAUAGAUAUAUUAUCCCCAGAAAAUUCUGCAUUUACAAUUCCAUCAGAUAUAAAAGAAAAAUUUAAAAAUCUUUCACAAAAAAAAUCAUCAGAAACUUCAAGUUUUAUGCAUAAAUUUGACGAUAACGAAAAUGAUUCUGAUGAUGAAAUGUUAUCUCAAUUAGAUAUGAAUAUCAUUUUCAGCAAUUAUAGUAAUAAAAAUUAGAUACUUUUGAUAUGAUAUUAAAAAAUUUAAUUAUCCGCUGAAAAUUACGGAUAAUAAUAGAUUAUAUUUUUAUAUCGAAAAAUUUGGAAAAGAUCUCUAUUUAUAUACAUUUAUAUUAUGUUAAAUAUUAUUUCAAAAAUACCAACAUAUAUGUAAAUAUUUAUUAUAUAUUUUUGUACAGAAUAUAAAUAAAAAAGUAAAUAUAUUUUUUACUUGAA